UCAUCGUUAGAGCCAUAAACUUCGCUGGUCUCCAUGUUCAAGCUUCCUCCGAUGGAUUUACGGUUGAUUUUACCCCUCCCUUGGCAAGUACAGCAAGAUUAGGAACUGGAAUUGAGCCCGCCAAAUACCAAUCAGAUUUGACGAAGUUGGUUGUAAGAUGGGAUCCAUUUAUUGACCCUGAAAGCAGAAUUUCGGAGUAUCAAGUAUGCAUCACGUCCGUGCCUGGGAACUGUACAAUCACUAACUAUAUUGACGUUGGAAUGAAUACAAGCUUCACUUUCCAUAGCUUACAACUUCUCCAUGGUGAAGCUUAUUAUGCCCUUAUCAAAGGAACAAACGAGAUUGGAUUAUCUUCGGAGAGAACAACGAAUCGAUUAUUGAUCGAUGCAACACCCCCUGUCUUAAAAGACACCGACAACGGUCCGAUCAACACAACUCAUGAAACUCCUGACGGAAACAAUACCGUUAGCCCGGUGCUUCAAUUGCCACCCAACAACACGACUCAAGGAAGCAAUCAUAUACGAUUCAGGUGCUUGGAAGAACUAUUACAAGCUGACUGGGAUGAAUUCAAAGAUCCAGAGAGCCAACUAGCGCGGUAUGAAUGGUGUGUCGGGACAUCUCAAGGGCUCUGUGAUAUGGUAAAUUUGAGGUCGGUGGAUGUAAAGACAAAAGGAGCUGCUCUUGUGAAGAGACUCCCUUCAGGCACGUUGCUGUUUGCAACAGUAUACGCCAUCAAUGGAGCAGGAUUGAGGACUCGUUCGGUGUCUGAACAUUGUAAGGUCAUAUCCAUUGCACCUAAGGUUGUGGAAGUUAUUGACAUUCCUACAUUGAACACGAGCAAUCUCUCUGAUAUUGACUGGAAAUCUAUGGCGGAAAGCCUCUCACUCAGAUGGGAGAUGAUUGGAAGAUAUGUUAACGAUAUUUCCCGUUUGCGUAUUCAGGUAGCCAUCACACAGCCUUCCUCGAACCUGUCUUUACCGCAGAUUAACUCGGAUAGGUCCUGGCGUAGCGAACCCCUAAUACACAAUUUCAUGGACGUUUUGACAUGGCAACGAAACGUGACUAUCCAGGGUGUGGCUCUACAAGCAUGGGAACGUUAUCGAGGGGUUGUGAGGGUCUGGAACGAGGGAGGUAUUUAUAGUGAGUCCGCGAGUGAUGGACUGAGAAUCGAGCCCACUGCUCCUCCAAAGCGUGGAUUAUUUAUUUCAGAUAAAGCCGCUGAACAAGAGCCCCUACGUUGGCUUCCAAAUCUUAGAUUGCCCAAGGUUAACGACAGUGCAUUAGACUCGGAGAUAAAAUAUAUUUCUUCCCCUGGGGAGGUAGAAUUGAUUGUGAGAAGCGGCUUAAAUGACUCUAGCAAUAGAACAGCUUUCAUUUUGGAUCACAAGCUUUUCAGCCCGACCAAGGAAUUUAACAUUAUUGUCCAAAAAGUUACGUCUGAGGCCAAUGAAACUAACACUACUGAGGAUUUCAGCGUAAUGAAAGUUUUCCCGGGUUUUACCAAUCCCGAGGGUCCGUGUUGUACCAGGCGCCCAGUUGAUCCACAAUCUGUCUUCAGUGAUACGCAUUUCAAAACCGCCAUACCGUCCCAGCAUUUUGGUGUUUCUAUCGCUAGACUACCAAACGAUCAUUUUGCUGUGGGUUCUGCAGAUAAGGCGUUUGUUUUGCCCCUUCGAAACAGGGCCGCCAGCCACAUAACAUUGCUAGAUGACAUUGUUGGUUCUCCGACAUCACCUAUCAUUGUAGUAUCACACGGUAAUAGGUCCGCAUUCUUCGCCAAUGGCAAAGCUUAUAUUUAUCAAAGUGAAGUCAUUGACACCGGCGACCUUGAAUUAACGAAGACCGCAGUUCUGGGAAAUUGCAAGACUGUAUCAACUUAUAUUUGUGCUACAAACAACAAGUGGGCUGAUAAUGUGAAACAUGCGAUAGCCAUUAGUCAAAAUACGAUCGCUUUGACGGGAAUCAACUCAUCUACGAACGCCAGUGUUGUGGGCGUAUUCCAGGAGCGGAAUGGAACGUGGUGGUUUGCUCAAGCAUUGAGAAGAGGAAAGAGUGACUCUGACAUUGGAUUGUCUUUGACUUUGAAUGCGCGCAUCUUAGCAGUAGCUACAGGAGAAGGCAAGAAUUCUUGUAUCUCAGUAUACUCUGUCGAAUCUUUUACAUUACACUUGACCAUCUGCAUGUCUGAGCUCGAAGAUAAUACAGGUUCUCUGUCACUUUAUCUUACGGAGACUGACGCGCUAAUAAUGGUCUCUAAGGACUCCAAGUCAUUAAAAGUUCUUCAGCUCAGCAUUUCAUCAAAGUCUUACAAAAAUGUAUGUCACCUUGAUUUCACACCAAACGAACGUCUGAGUGGAUACCUUGAUGUCAGUGCUCGAGAUGGAAGUUUUAUUAUCGCGUUAGGUAUGCAGACAUUAGAUGGCCGGGAUGGUGUGCAACUAGUAGGUUUCCAUGGAAUCUACACAGAUCUUGAUCUUGAAAAAUGCGUAAACCUAGGACGUGUGGUCGCACGAGAAAGUGGAUUUAGAGUAGAUGAUGGAAUUCCACGUACUUCCGUGUCAUUCGACAAUGAUACCGUUUUGUUUGGAGCCCCAAAUGUUGUCACGUGGCCAGGACAGGGCGAGGAUUCAGGUACUGGAAGGGUCUAUGUGGCAACAUAUUGCCCUACCAAUCAUGUAAGAGUUCGAGUUUCUCAGAUCAAGGAAAUUGGUUCUGUACGUUGCGUGCCCUGCGAGGCUGGACAGAAGUCAUUUGGCGGGUUUGUGGAAAUGUGCUCAGAUUGCGAAGGAAUGUCUUGCUCAAAACCUCAAAGCGAUGAUCCGUUUAGUUUUAAAUCAAGUAUAUGUGAUUCUUUUUCCUGUCCUUCUGGAUCGAUGGUGAAUAACUCGACAAAUGGCAUGAACUUUUCGUUCCCGAAUGACUCAUUUUUCGUCCCUGGUCCAGAAAACCUUUACACUAUACAAUUACUUGAAACAACACGAGCCUAUCUUUCAACAAGUUCUCUCUCGGAGUCGUUCGUGAUCGAUCCGACAUCCCCUGAGACUGGAAUCGUCUACGAUGGACUUGGCAGCGACCCAAAUACAAACUGCUCGGACAAUUCGACUUUCGGUGAAGACAGUCAGUGCUCUACUCGCAACUUUGAAGAAACUGAUGUGGACUAUACCAAUAAUACGCGAGAGGUACACGCCAGAUGGCUUGACUUCCUCGACGAAGAAAGCGACAUUGUAGAGUAUUUCUGGUGUGUAGGAUCUAAGCCUAUGCAUGACGACAUUCGGCAGUGUGAAAGUACGGGAUUGAGGCCAAACGGAAGUCAUGACGGUCUUCACUUUGGGCAAGGUGACUCUUACUACGUGACAGUUGUAGCCUGCAAUGGAGCUCGCAGAUGUUCUGCCACUCACAGUGAUGGCGUCACAAUAGAUACCACACCACCUGUGAUGGAAUAUGUCAGGGAUGGAAUUAUGGGGCCUGAUAUGGAUUUUCAG